AUGGCUCCCGGGGCCCCGGCGUCUGCUCCCAGCCCCGUCCUGGCUGCCCUGGUCUUCUGCUCUCUGGGGGUGAAGAGUCUUGGGGGAGAUGCUCGAAGGGCUGAGGGUCACUGGGACAUUUGCAGGAAACUUCGGUUCCUUCAGCCUGGAAGUAAGUCCAGACAAGGGGGCCGGGAGUGGGGACUCCUGGCUCUGGGACAGGGUCGCCGGUGUCGCUGUUCCUCUCGCGGUGGCCCUGACCUGUGCUGGCACUCCUCUCUCCCCGCCCCGCCCCCCGCAGCCCUGAGCCCUGCCCGCGCCAUCGUGGUGUACACGGAUCGGGUGGUAUACGGGGCCGUGGGCUCCCGGGUCACCCUGCACUGCUCCUUCUGGUCCAGCGAGUGGGUGUCCGACGACAUCUCCUUCACCUGGCGCUACCAGCCCGAGGGCGGCCGGGACGCCAUUUCGAUCUUCCACUAUGCCAAGGGCCAGCCGUACAUCGACGAGGUGGGCGCCUUCAAGGAGCGCAUCCAGUGGGUGGGCGACCCCCGCUGGAAGGAUGGCUCCAUCAUCAUCCACAACCUGGACUACAGCGACAACGGCACCUUCACCUGCGACGUCAAGAACCCGCCCGACAUCGUGGGCAAGACCUCCCAGGUCAAACUCUACGUCUUUGAAAAAGUGCCCACGAGGUACGGGGUGGUGCUGGGCGCCGUGAUCGGGGGCGUCCUGGGGCUGGUGCUGCUGUUGCUGUUGCUGUAUUACCUGGUGCGUUACUGCUGGCUGCGCAGACAGGCGGCGCUGCAGAGGCGCCUCAGUGCCAUGGAGAAGGGUCGGCUGCACAAAUCCUCCAAGGACUCCAAGCGCGGCCGGCAGACGCCGGUCCUCUACGCCAUGCUGGACCACAGCAGAAGCUCCAAGGGCAGCGACAAGAAGUCCAGGGGCCUGGGGGACUCGCGCAAGGACAAGAAAUAGCGGUUAUGGGGCCGGGCCGGGGCGCGGGGCGCGGCCGAGCCCGCCCGGGGCGCGCGGGUGGUGGUCAUCGAGCUGGAACUGCGCAAGGAUGAGCCGGACGCCGCGCUGCGGCCGGCCGUCAAGUCCCCCAGCAGGACGAGCCUCAAGAACGCCCUCAAGAACAUGAUGGGGCGGGACUCGGCCUCGUGAGCGCCCCAGCCCUGCCCGAGGGACGAGGGACGCCCCGUCCUGUCCUGCCCCCCUUCGAGGUGCUUCCUCCCCGCCCCAGCCCUGCCCUUCCCGCCCCUGGUUCCCGCUCACGUCCUUCCUCGCCCCCUCCCUCCCCGCAGCCCAGGCCCCCACCCAAGGACUGCGUGUUUGGUGCCUGUCCCUCCAGGACCAAAGAAAGGGACCUUGAGACCCCCAUGCCCACCCCCCCCACUGGCUCGCCCAGUGCCUCUGUCUGUCCCCCACCUAACACCCGGUCGCCCAGAGCUGCUUUCUUUAGGGGUCCUUUAGGUGGACUCUGUCCCAUGACUGAGCACCCAUGACGUCAUGCUGCCCCUCCCCCACCCCACAGCCCUUUGGGGCUGGCCAGCCGGCCCAGCAGAGCACCCUCGCCCCACCCUCAGCUGCAACUUUGCUGUCCCCUGGAGCACUGUCCUGGGACUCAAGGUCAUGGGGAAGGAGAGAGAGAGAUGGGGGUCCUGGCAGCAGGCGGCUGAGGAGGGGGCAGGGGUCUCGGGAGGGGCGCCCUGCUCCCAGCCACAGGAGCCUUUGGGUUUUUCUAUAUUCUGUAUAUUUCUUCUCAGCACCCCCUCCCCACUCCUGAAUGUUUAAUAAACACUGACAUUUGCAGAAGUUCCAUCUCCCGGCUGGUUUCCUGGGGAAAAUCCCCAGCCGUGCCCCUCCUCGGAUGGGGGGGAGGAAUCUGGGUGUUUGGGGGCGUGGAGGCUCCUGGGGAGAGGGUGCCGGCGUCCACCCUGGGCUCUGCUCCGAGCACGAAGAAACUUUGCCUCGGGUAACUUGGUGCCCUGUGUGCACGGCAGCCCAGGUCUGGAGAGGGUGUGCGCGUGUGUGUGCGUGUACAUCCAUGGGAUUCAACAGCCAACAUCAGGAGAGGGUAUGUGUAUGUGUGUGUGUGUGUGUGUGUGUGUGUAUACACGUGACUCAACAGCCAACAUCUGGGAGAGAGGUAUGAGGGUGUGUGUCUGUGUGUGUGUUGUGUGUGUGUGGUGUGUUCAGGAGUGUGUGUGGAUGUGUAUAUAUGGGACUCAACAGCCAACAUCAGGAGAGGAUGCGUAUGUGUGUGUGUAUGUAUGUAUGUGUGUCCAUGUGAUUCAACAGCCAACAUCAGGAGAGGGUGUGUGUGUGUGUGUGUGUGUGUGUGUGUGUGUGUAUACAAGGGGGGGGGGGUGUCCAGGGGAUUCAACAGCCAACAUCCAGGAGAGGGUGUGUGUGUGUGUGUGUGUGUGUGUGUGUGUGUGUGUC